CCCACCCUCCUUCCUCCUCCCUCUCCAUCCUUCCCUCCUCCUCGGCGCUGCACUCGCCUCUGUUCACAGCAGCGUUCCUCUUUCCCCUCCCUUUUGUUGCAAAGGAGGGGUGAAGAAGUCUUUUCUCAUGGGCUUCUCCCAAACUGUUUUCACUGACAUUUCUGAGAUAUUUGGCCGCAAAGAAAAUAUUUGGACAUAUUUCUCCCUAAUAGGCUCGGCGAGGGCCUGCGUUACAGCAGUCGCCCAUUGUCUUGUGUAUGCAGAGUUCCUGCUUAAAUUAGCUUUACUGUACUAUGAAGCACAUGUAAACUCAAGAAAAGUGGAAUUUGUCUUUAUGUGUAGCAGAUUUUUGGUUUCCGUUUCAGUUCGUAGUCUCCGUAGCUGCUGACGCACACUGAAGGCUCGUGACUGCGACUGUGCAGGAAAAGGUGUCUUCUCCGAUCAGAUCUGCUCAUUACUCUUUUUUCCAUCGUGGUUCAGGCCCUUUCCAUUGUCGUUUUUCAUUUUCCACCUCUCCACCAUAUCCUCGCUCUCCAUUUCAAGUACUAUUUUCUGUUCUUUACCUCCUCCCUUUCCCUUUCAGUUCUCUUCUCACAUAUCUGUACUGUAUAUGCCAGUAGUUUGGAGUGGGGGGAGCUUUGUUUGCGUGUGCAUCUCCUACCCAGGCCUGUGAUUGACAGGAAUGCUAAUUCAGCUUUUAGGACUUUGUUCUUCUCUCCUACUGAGGAAUCUUUAACCCUGAGAUUGUCGCUAUCGUCACAUCCACCAAAAACUCUUUAUUCUAUUCUUAGUUGUCGUUUUCUCGUUCUCAUGACUUUUGGUGCUGUUUCUGGGACAGUACAAUCCUUGGGGAGCAGAGUCGGUUGUUUCACUUUUCUUUUUUUUCUGGCGUUCAUAUAAACAACAUAGGAGUGUGGCAUUUUAAACACCGGUUGAUGUGCUUUUUACAGACAAACUUAAUGGAAGCUAAUGGAAACAUGAGUAGAACAAAUAAUUUUAGGAAAACAAUUUUGAAUGCAGUAAAAAGAUAAAAAGUAAAAAUACCAAUUAAAUAAAACAUUGGAUUAGACAAAGAUUAUUACCAAUUUUCCAUUAGACUCUUGCUGCACAUUUUUUCUGUGGGUACAAGUGUCAUUUAAUCCCAUACAGUAACUUUGUGUCUACAGGAGCUGGGGUUUUGUUACAGCUUGGUGCUGUAAUAUUUUGAAACCUUUAAAUAUAUAGCAACCAAAAAUAGGAUAAUGACCCGUUGACUCAGCCUAAAUAUUUAAAAAUUAUAACCUUGUAAAAGUGCAAUUAAUAGCAGAAUCUACGUACUGGAUUGAAUUAGGCAGCACAGGUACCCAAUAAAGUGAUUGGUGAGUGUAGAUCAUCCCAAAAAGGAUGCCUUCAAAAGGAUACGCUCAUCUGUAAACCUGGCUUGACUUGGUUUGGUCACAGAAACAAAAUGAAAACGUAUUAAGAGAAUCAAUAAGCCGACAGACUACACAGGAAAAUUAUAAACACACAGGCAAAACUAAUUACACAUGAACACGUAAAGAAUUAGGGACAGGGCACUCGGAAAUGAACUCUACAAAAUAAAACCUCCAGACCGGAAGUCAAUCUGCUGACAUUAUUGAUACUGUAAUGCAAAAUUCUCAAAGUGUAGUUUGAAUCUUAAUUUUGGCAGUAGUUGCAGAUGUUAUCUUAUCUCAUUUGAACACGUGUAAGCAUUUCCUGAAAUUACUGAUGUCACCGUCCCACAGGUCUAGCCUGGGCGUUAACUGGCUCAUCUGUUCUGUUAUGACAACAUUCCUCAUGCGAGAGCAGUUAAUGGGAGGCCGGGGUGAAGCGGAGGUAAAGGAAGAGGGAAAACAGCGUUCACAAGCUGUAAAACUUCACAUAAAGCUGAGCGGCUUCAUCACAGCACCACCACACGCACCGCAAUUAACAUGCACCAGCACGCACCGCCGGCCGGCCGACCCCGAAAGCCGCACUGUGCCUUUAAGGAGCCAGACACGUAGGCGACGGAGCGACGGGAAGGUUAGUCAGGGCGACACAGAUCGCAGAUGUGAGAAGCACAGCAGUCGGGGAAUUGAUUUAAAGACGUCCCGUUAAUCGUCCCUUGUAGCGCCCACAACGAUCAGGAGCGGCCCCAGACAAAGGCCUGAACACGCUGCUUCCAAUCAAACGUAAGCACAUAAAUAUACGGUAGCUUCCCUGCCGAGAGCACUGGGAACGGUGGAGUCAUGUUCAGACGCCACACCCGCUGCCCCCACUGUAUUUAAUAAAGACCCAGAUAAUCCGCUGCAGGUCUGUUUUGGCUUCUGCCAGGGGGGUCAUGGAUGUUAGCUUUGUUGCAUUGAUUUGACUUUAAGAUGAAGGAAGUCUUAGUGUUUAACACAAAAGUAUAUGCCUUAUGUCAAAGUCUUAGUAAGAAAAAUGUAGCUUUAUUUUGAAGAGUAACACUAGAAAACAAAUGUUUCUAACGCAAUUUGAUACAAAAUUGAUUUAUAUUGUUCAGCCUUUUUUCAUUAUCUCCACCCAUAAUAAAAUUAAUCUCUAUAUUUAAUGUGAUCUUUAUUUCUCAUAGAAACAGAUUUUUGAGAGGCCAGUGCUUGUUUUGCAUGCGUGAGACACUAACCAGAACCGCGGGCCUGAAACUCUUUGGUGUCUUUUCCCCCUAAGCCAAGCGAAGUCUCUGGACAGAGGUUUUAUCAGCUCGUGAAAACUGCAGCCAAGAUAAGAAGUCCUAGUUGUCGCACAGCUGACAGCUCAGCUCAACAGGAGAGAAAGAGGGAGAAACUCCAGCAGGUUGGCGAGGAAUGACGAUGACGAAGAGGAGGCGGCGCGCGAGAGGAGGCGCCGGGCGCGCCAGGAGAGGAUGAGGAGCAGGGAGAGCGAGGAGCCCAGCCUGCAGCCGGAGAGCCUGGUUCUGACCAACAGCCACAGCGUUACAGAGACCGUGUCCAUGAGCAGCUCCUACGGUGGAGGAGCCGACGAGGACCAGGCCCUGCUGGACCGCAUGGCCAAGCGCGAGGAGCGGCGCGAGCGGCGCAUGAAGGAGGCGCUGGAGAGGCAGAGGCAGACGGAGCCCACCGCGACAGAGGGCGCGGACAAGAACGACGAGGACGAGGAGAGGGGCAGGCGCAGGGGUCGUUACCGCGACGACGAGGACGAGGAGAAGACGCUCGCGUACAGCUCGCGCAGAGAGGAGAAGGUGCAGGAGGAGCAGAGGGAGGAGGAGGAGGAGCUCACUCCCGAGGCUGGGGAGGAGGCAGACGAGGGCAUCGAUGAGGAGGAGCCGAAGGUGGAAGAGUUGGAGGACAAGCCCAGGAGAGCCUACUUUAGAGAACAGGAAUCAGCUGAAGAGCCUAAAAUGCCAAACGAGGAGCUCGGUGAUGGAACACGUUCAGUAGCCACCGAGCGUUCAGAUCAGGCUAAGUCAGCAGAUUCUGAGCGCGGGGAAUGUGCAGUAGCAUCACAGGAGGACGAUACUGUCCAUUUAUGUAAUUCAUCAGAGAACAAACCUGUGUCACUAGGAAAUGACACGGAGGAGGACAAUGGGGUAUCUGAGACACUGCACUCAGAGGAUAAUGAGGUGAGCGAGAGAGGCGGGUCCGGGCGGGAGAGGGACGAGCAGAGGAGGCAGAACGGGGGCGCCCACGAGGAGCCGGCUCCCAAGCAGCACAGGAAACCCGAGAGGACCCUCAGCCGCGGCAGCGCCCACUCCCCCGAGGCCGCGGGCGACGACCAGGACGACGGCGCGCGCCUGGAGGCCGAGCGCAAGCUGGAGGAGCUGAAGCGCCGCCGCGACGACGCCGAGAGCGAGGAGUUCGAGAGGAUGCGGCAGAAGCAGCAGGAGGCCGAGGCGGAGCUGGAGGAGCUGAAGAGGAAGAGGGAGGAGAGGAGGAAGGUGCUGGAGGAGGAGGAGAGGCAGAGGAAGCAGGAGGAGCAGGAGAGGAAGGCCAAGGAGGAGGAGGAGAAGAGGAAAAUGAAGGAGGAGAUCGAGAGGAGGAGGGCGCAGGCGGCCGAGAAGAGGCAGAAGGGGGAGGAGGCGCCGGACGGGGACGACAAGCCGUUCAAGUGCGUCAGCCCCCGGGGCUCCGCUCUGAAGAUUGGAGAGAGGACAGAGUUCCUGAACAAGUCGGCGCAGAAAAGCGCGGUGAAGAGCUGCCUUUCUCCCACGGUGUCCAAGAUAGACAACCGGCUGGAGCAGUACACCUCGGCCGCGCAGAGGGAGAACAAGGAGUCUCGGUCCCCUCGGCCCGGAGCCGCAGACCUGCCCCCCGUCACCGAUAGCAUACGAAACAUCAAGAGCAUGUGGGAGAAAGGCAACGCGUUCGGCCCGGCCGGAGGCGGCGGGAGCCCCUUCAAGGAAGCAGCUGUGAUAAAGACGGGCGUGGCGGGCCGCAUCAACGACUGGCUCAACAAAACCCCCGAGAGCUGCAAGGCGCCGGGAGCGAGGCCAGCGGACCUGAAACCUGUUGAUGUCACCAACAAGAGGAGUCUAUGGGAAAACAAAGGUGCGCCUACAACCAAGGUGGCAGGCAGAGGAGAGACCAAAUCAGUAGCUAACGGUAUGGGACACUAGGGUCCCAGAGGAACCACUAAACCCGGGGAACACGACAAUCCAAGACUCUUCCUUGAUUUUGUCUUAAGAACCAAAUAAUAACCACAGUCCCAAGAGGGACCAGAACCCCCCCCCUCCCCUCCCCCGCCCGGCCCAGGAACCCGGAGGGACAAGGCCGACCACAUUUGUGGGGUCGUGUAGUGCCUUUGCACAAUGAUUUUUGUUGUGUGUAACGUUCAAUUGUUUUGCUUUCUAAUUGAAACAAAUGCUGUGAAAUUGGGACUUUUGUACUUACUGUCACUAUUUACUUCAUCCGAUCCUGCAAAACUAACAAACGUAGACGUGUCUGUCGUAGUCCGUGCCGUGAGGUUUCUACAUUCCAGAGAGAGCGAUGGGUGAAAUCAGUCAUCUCCCUCCUAGACCGUUUUCCAUCUCUCUUUUUUUAAUUUAUAUUUAAAGCAAAAGCUUCACACAUUACUAUUUUAAUCAACAUUCACCAGUGCAGGAUAGAAAUAUAAGCACGUCUAGAGCUUAGCCGAUUUCACUUGUAUUACGUCCUACCAGUAGUCCAGCAGCGGUCUGAGUAAUGUAUGUUAGCACCUGAUGUGUUGAAUAUGAUCUGUUAUUAUAGCGCAUCCUAUAUAACGUCUGUAUACUCGUUACAAAAGGUAUUUUUUGUGGAUCCUUGGAUACACUCUUGGAUCCAAGCGCCGUUAUGACUUUUUUUUGUAUUCUCCCGUGUCUUUCUAUUUAUGUGGGUGUUUUUUUCUAGCAUUUGUACCUGUUUGAUCACUUUAAAACCUUUAGACAUUCCACUCAAGAGGCAGGCGCCCAACGCUCCUUUGCUUCUUCGAGCAGUUUUUUUUACAACGUUGUUCUGAAGCCACCUUCAACAGUGCGUCUGUGUCGUGUCAGCGGUCAUUGUGUAAUCGAGGGCCAAACUGUGCAACGGUGUGUAAGAAAUGACUAGUGCAGUGGCGACACACGGCGACGGCGUGUGCCUUCUGGAUCUCAGUCCUUUGGUUCUGCAACUGACUCGCUGCUCCAAAGUCUGACAAUCACAUUCCACGGCUCCCGACAGGAGCAGGGGAGUUCACUCGUGGUGUCAAAAUAGUGUUUCUGUGGUUUGUUUGUUUUUUUAUAAGCCGGUGUCUAUUAUAAUGGUUUGUUCGGGUCCACGCUGUUUGUGUAGCGCUACACCUCUGCAAAGCACGCCACAUGUAUUCUGUGUAAAAGCACUUGCAAUGUCACCGGAGCGGGCAGUUAGCAACUGGAUGGAUGUUGGAAACAUUGUAACUUUGAGUGAACAACAGCAAUAAAGACAUUGAGGUAUUCCA